GAUUUUCCGUUUUCAGCUGCGACUCGCUCCUGUGUGCCUCAACACCUCCCCACACCAGCACCUCUUCUCCAAUUGAACUCGGGACACACACGGAAAAGGCAAAAUGGAGAACGGAGUAGUGGUCAAUGGCAAUGGCAAUGGAAGGGCAGCAGAGAAUGGCAGACCCAGUACACCGAGCCGAAAUACCUUGAGCCUGACGGAAUAUUCGACGAACCCUUCACCGCCGAGCGAGAGCCCAAGGAACAAGAUCAGGGGCGUGGUGCCGGAUGAGUUUAUACUACCUAAUGGCUAUCCUGACUAUCUGCGCCUAAUCCUGACAUCGCGAGUCUACGAAGUCGUCGAAGAAACACCCCUCACGCCCGCCACCAACCUGAGUAAUCGACUAGAAUGCAAGGUCCUACUAAAGAGAGAGGAUCUCCAACCGGUUUUUAGCUUCAAGUUGCGGGGCGCGUAUAACAAGAUGGCACACUUGGAUCCGAAGGUUAGCUGGAAAGGCGUUGUUGCUUGUUCUGCUGGCAACCACGCGCAAGGCGUUGCGUAUUCGGCACGCAAGCUCAAGAUUCCGGCUACGAUUGUUAUGCCUGAAGGAACGCCUUCUAUCAAACAUCUCAAUGUCUCUCGGCUUGGAGGGUCUGUCGUCUUGAAUGGUGCGGAUUUCGAUGCUGCGAAGGAAGAAUGUAGUCGUUUAGAGAAGCUCCAUGGGCUGACGAAUAUCCCGCCUUUCGAUGAUCCGUAUGUUAUUGCAGGACAGGGGACAAUUGGUAUGGAGCUACUGCGACAAACGAAUAUCCAGAAACUGGAAGCUAUUUUCUGUUGUGUAGGGGGAGGGGGCCUGAUUGCCGGAAUAGGAGUGUACGUCAAGCGCAUAGCACCACACGUCAAGAUCAUCGGCGUAGAAACAUACGACGCAAACGCUAUGGUACAAUCCCUAGCCAAGGGGCAAAGAGUAGUCUUGAACGAUGUUGGACUCUUCGCGGAUGGAGCAGCAGUCAAGACCGUGGGCGAAGAGACCUUCAGGUUAUGUCAAGAGGUGGUCGAUGAAGUGAUCCAAGUCACCACCGAUGAAACCUGCGCAGCAAUCAAAGAUGUCUUCGAAGACACCCGCUCCAUCGUUGAGCCAGCAGGAGCCCUUGCCGUCGCCGGCCUCAAAAAAUACGUCGCUUCCCACCCCUCAUCCAACACUUCCCGAAACCUCGUCGCAAUCGCCUCCGGCGCGAACAUGAACUUCGACCGUCUACGAUUCGUUGCCGAACGAGCAGCCUUAGGAGAAAAGAAAGAGGCUCUCAUAAGUGUCAGCAUCCCCGAACGGCCAGGAUCAUUUGCCGAGUUGAUCAGAGCAAUAAUGCCACACAUGUGCACCGAGUUCUCCUAUCGCUACGCAACAGACGCCAUCGCCAACGUCCUCAUCGGCAUCUCGCUCACCUCCCCCGCCUCCCAACGUGACGACGAGCUCUCCUCCCUCCUAACACGCAUCUCCAGCGCGGGAAUGACAGCCACCGACCUCUCGGGGUCUGAGCUCGCAAAAUCACACAUCCGGUACCUCGUGGGAGGCCGCUCUGGCGUUCCGCACGAGAGAUUAUACAUGUUCAAUUUCCCCGAGCGGCCUGGAGCACUGGAGAAGUUCUUAACGACGCUGCGGCCGAGGUAUAAUAUCAGUCUUUUCCAGUAUAGGAAUGCGGGCAGUGAUAUUGGGAAGGUGUUGACGGGGAUCGUGUGCCCGGAUACUGAGUUAACAGAGCUAGAGAGCUUUUUGAGGCGGAUUGGGUAUCCGUGGGAAGAUUGUACUGAGAGUGAGGUUUUUAGGACGUUUUUGAGGAGUUAAAUCCUCUUGAAUCUGUUCGAGAAGUUUCAUUGGGGGUUUCAUUUGAAGAGUCGGCGCAUUUAGCGGGUGUUGGGAGUUCUUUCCUUGGAUCUGGGGAUAGAUAAAAGAAAGGGAAAAUGACCAUAGAUAGAUGAUAUUCUCUGAAAAGUCAUACCUAGCUUCCACAUUCCGAGAAAGCUCUUGUUAUCUCACAAUUCAC